GGCCCAUGGAUGCUUCUAAGUUCUAUUUCUACCUACCAUGUCCGAAGGGAGGAAGGAUUUCCAGGUUUAGGUUGUAUAACUGUGCGGGAAGUUGCAGAAUUGCCGCUUCCUUAUCCGUGAAACAUGAGAUUUGCGUUUUUGUCUUGAUUCUCUCCGUCACUUUCUUUCUGUUCUUCCUCUGCAAUCUAAACCCUAGCUUUUGCUUUGCGCACAAAAAAGGGGUUUGAGAUUCAGUUCUUGGGUUAGUCAUGAGUAAGAAGAAAGAGUCUUGGGUUCUGGAGGAUAAUCGAGCCGAACGGAGCGAAAAAGUUUCCGGCUGGGAAAUUAAUGGCGAACAGAGCUCAGGUCGGGAAUCUCAAGUGCAUGAGGAGUCCAUGCCAGCCCCGAACUGGAUCCCAUUUUCAGCGACCCCGAGUCGAGUGGAGAAAACGGUGACAACGAGCACGGCGACGGCGGACAUCACCAUUGAAGAUGUGGAGGAGGAGUUACCCUCUGACGAUCGCCAAACCUACUGUGUCACAUUCUUCGGUGAUCAAAUCCGAACCACUCUCACCCGCGUUGCCUCCGUCGUCGACCACUGGAUCGCCGACAUCCGACGCGUCCACCAGGAGAAAUUCGACCAGAAGCAGCUGGUUGUGGGGCUCGAUCUUGAAUGGCGCCCUAGCUUCAGCCGCAGCGUCGAGCACAGAGUCGCCGUCUUACAGCUCUGCGUCGAAGGCAAUUGCUUGAUAUUUCAACUACUUUACGCCGAUCGCAUACCCACCUCUCUCAUCGAAUUCCUCAGCAACCCGAGUUUGACGUUCGUUGGAGUAGGAAUCCAGGGGGAUGUGGAGAAGCUAUUGGUGGAUCACGAACUGAACGUGGUAAACACUGUCGACCUUCGUUCCUUGGCUGCGAAGAAAUUGAGCAUCCCGGAACUUCGGGAUGCAGGGUUGAAAGAGUUGACAAGAGAGGUUCUUGGGAAAGAAAUAGGGAAGCCCAGGAAGGUGACGAUGAGUAGAUGGGAUGCAGAGUGGCUCACCUACGAUCAAGUUCAAUACGCCUCCCUUGAUGCUUUUCUUUCUUUCCAGAUAGGAAAGAAUUUGAUUCUGGGGGGAGGAGUCGGCUCUGGGUGAAGCCAUCUGAGGCUCUGUAAUUAGCGUUGUGCCCUCUUCUUGUUUGUCUUUCUGCCUCUGUUACCAUUCAAUUUCCAUUGCAACUUCCAUUUAGUUCUUGUACUCUCCUCUCAGAUUUGAUUGGUUCUUCCAAAGGAUUCUAAGAAAUGAAUCAAAUUGACUGUGAUCACUAGCUA